AUGAAGGAAGCAGCUCUUGUUCGACUGGCCUCUCCACCAGCUGCCUCCCUGCGCGCCCAGCGGCCACACUCGGGAGACGUCAUUUACCCGGUCAAGAUCAAUCUCCUUUUCUCUACUGGUCUUGAGGUCUCUAUCGCAUGGUUAGAUCAUUCCAAGCACGAAGGCACCAAGUGCCUCUACCUUCCUGAGAGAGGCACCGGCAAGAGAUAUGAUAGCAUUGAUCACCAGCCAGAAGAGCAAUCUAGAGUGCUCAAAACGCUCCUGGCGAACAUGGUCAUCCCCGAUGACGAGAAAAGAAAGGAGAUGAGCGUCUUAGAUGCCAAGGUUGCCCUCCUUGACCAAGCCAAGCAGGCCUUGGCGUCCGUUGAAGAUCACACUAGUCGCAUCUUUGGUCAUGUCUUUUUCUCUCACAAGCUGAGCAAUGAGGUCAAUGGCACCUAUGCACUCCAUACCGAUAAGCACCAUGUUCCACUACAUACGCUUGAAAAUCCUGUCGCCGUCACCCCAGGAGAUGUCGAGGCAAUAACAGCUGCUGCGAAGGCGGACGGAUUUGAGUCCCGGGUGAAACUCUGGGUUCACUCGACCAGAAACAAUCUGCAGCUCGGAGCUACCAUUUCAGAAACCGAGAUGAAGAAACCCCCUCCUGAAUACGAGUCAAAAUCCCUGGGCGAGCCGGCGAUCAUAGUUGCCAAGUAUGGGCGCACCACUGGCCUGACAACUAGUGUGGCGAAGGAGGUCGUGUCUGUCACCCGUCAACCAAUUUCGGACACAUACAUCAAGUCUGAUGACUGGUGUAUUAUCGGUCCUAAGACAUACUUUGCAAAUCUCCAUCGCAUACGUACUUGUAAGAGCUUGAAGGCUGCGCUUUACGAUUCGAUGCAUGCCACAAUCUUACAAGUGAGCUGCCUUUGCGGUGCUGUUUCGCAGCAAGUCGAUCUAAAGGCUGAAGAUGGCAUGGACAUUCCACUAUCUCUUUGCCAUUGCGAUACAUGCCGACACAGUUCGGGCGUGUUAUGCACGUCUUACUAUCCCAUCUUUGCCCCUGAUCUUUCUCCUUCCUUGAAGACCUAUCAUCCCACUGGAACAUCUACACGCUACUUUUGCGCUACAUGCGGUUGUCAUCUUUUUCGAGCUGUCAAAAUUGAGGAAGAAGUUCUUGAUUGGGGAGCAGCGACAGGCGCAGUCACUUGUCUUUCGGUACAGAUUUCAAGUCUGGGGCGAUUUACAUCACACCAAUAUGUGUCCGACACCAAGGAUGGCGGGCUUUCCGUUUGGAUCAAGAGUUUAGACGGCCAUUUCGAGGGAAGAGAGGCCAAAAGGCCCAAUCCUCAGCCGGUCAAGCCUGCUAGCGACUCCCUCGAAGCCUCGUGCUCUUGUGGCAACGUCAAGUUUCACAUCACUCGUCCCAACGGUGACAGCCGUGUGCCACGCCGCGACUUUACCGACCUCAUGUUCCCAUACAAAACUACGGAUGAACACACAAAGCAGAACCCCAAUGAUGAGAAGUGGUGGAUUCAAGACAACGGCAACAAAUAUCUCGCCGGAACGUGUGCCUGUCGAUCAUGCCGCCUCAUCUCUGGGUUUGAAGUCCAAACAUGGGCCUUUGUUCCUAGGGCUAACAUCUUUUUUCAUGUUCCCGAAAAGAAUGGAACAGAAUCCAUCGUCCCAUUGGAUUUUGCGACUCUGCCCCCGGGCAUCUUGACGAGCUAUUCGUCAUCACCGAACGUGAGGCGCGAGUUUUGUGGAACAUGCGGUGCCACCAUUUUCUGGCAUGAGAAGUCUCUUGAUGAUGUCAUUGACAUUAGUGUCGGGCUCUUUCGAGCUCCAGAUGGGGCGAGAGCUGAGAGCUGGCUUGAAUGGUGGCAGGGGAGAGUCAGUUUCGCUGAGGAGGUUAACACUGGAAGAACGGGCCCGGAGGCAAAGGUGGCAUCCGAGUUGAUCAAUGAACUAGAGAAUGGGAUGAAGGAAGAUAUACUUAGAGCCCGGCUUCCGUCUACUUGA